AUGAACGCAGUGGUUGAUGCCGUGGUGGUGAUGGUGGCGGUGGUGGUGAUGGCUGGUGCGUCUGCGUCCUCAUCCCCGCGGCUGGGACACCACCAACACCUCCUUCGGAACACGGACAUUCAACCUCACCACGGUCAGUGCACAGCCCCUGCCCUUCCCCAUCUUAACAUAGUGGCGCUUCAUGAGCCUGAAAUAGUCCAGGAGAUGGGGUACCCGGCAGAGGUGCACCACGUGACCUCCAGCGACGGCUACCUGCUGGAGCUGCACCACAUCCCUCAUGGCGCUGCGGGGCCCUCGGAGAACCGUCCGCCCGUCCUGCUGCAGCACGGCAUACUGGGAUCCUCCGCUGACUGGCCUUGGGUGAUCGUGACCCGCGGCCUACAGAUGAACACACAUAGAAUUUCCCUUCUGUCCUUUCACCCGCGUAGCCUUCCUGCUUGCGGAUGCAGGUUACGACGUAUGGCUCAGCAACACUCGGGGAAACACCAGGAUCUUUCCCCCGACCAGCAAGCUUUCUGGAGCUUCAGCUGGGACGAAAUGGCUUACUAUGACCUGCCCGCCAACAUCGACUACAUCCUGGAGGUGACGGGCGCCACUAACCUAUACUAUGUGGGCUACAGCAUGGGCACUACCAUCUUCUUUGCCAUGAUGAGCGAAAGGCCUGCAGAGUACAAUGAGAAAACCGUCCUCACACUGCUGGGCGUGGGCGAACUUCUCCCCGGCACAACAGUGAUGGACUACCUGGCCGAGAAUUACUGUGAUGCUGACAUUCCUUUGGUUGAUGUGUGCUAUAACAUAUUCUUCCUCAUCGUUGGACCUGACACAUCGGAGCUCAAUAAGGUGAAGUUGCUGCGCGGCGGUGGCGGUGGAUCGACACGCACGGAUUUAAUUUAUGCAGGAUUACAUGAACUCCAUUGUGUCUCAUGUGCCGGCUGGUACCUCAGUGCACACCGCGAACCACUAUGCACAGGAGGUGCUCUCUGUAUAGGCAACUUCGCCAAGUACGACUACGGCCUGCUAGGCAACCUAAACCACUACGGGCAGCAGACACCCCCACACUACGACCUGGCCAGGGUGACGGCGUCGGUUGGCCUCUUCCAGUGACAGCGACUGGUUGGCAGGCCCAGAGGUGACUCUUUAAUGUUUGAGUUGGUCGUGGUCCGUCUGUUUCUCACCCAUAUUAGUCUAUAUAUCAUUUUUAUUUAUUUAUUUAUUUUUUUUUUUAUUUACCUUUACAUUUGUGACACUUUUGCUGGAGAUAUCAGCGUAAGAGUGAUGGUCAUUACGAGGGAUUUUCAAUUUUAAUACGAUGCGCGGAAGAAAUAAGAUAAUGCUGUUACAGAUUGGUGAAGGGCGGAAUUAAAAAGCUACAGUUGUUCAUUCUGUUUAUUGUUAUCAGUUACUGAAAUCUACCGUUGUCUCCCACUGCAGGUUCUCAUGACUAAUUUCUCUCACCUAAGACCAAUAAUUUGUUCAGCGUGUCUGAGAAGUGCACAAAGGGCACUGCAGUAACAUGUGAUAUGGGAGAAAACAGAGGAUAACAACUCAAAUUACGAUCGCAUCUGCUGUCAUGCCACACUGACUUCAAACUGAGUGGACAAAAACAUCAAGCACCAUUGCAUUUUUUUUAAUUGUUCGUGCUAAUUAUCAUCUAACAAAAAUCAGUUACUCUUUAAAAAUACGAGCAGGAUUUAAAUAACUAUACAAUCAUUUAGUUACGUAAACAUUUGUCAUUUCUCAUAUGAAACAUGGACAGAGAUAUAAGGAAUGAGGCUGUAACAGUACAGCAAUUAAUACGAACCAUCGCCAUGACUUGUAUUUCACAAGCAUGCACUCUGCAAAGUUUAUUUCAUUCUAUAGAUGUAUUUCUAAGCUCUGCAGAGAAUUCCCACUCGAGACUCAACGAUGAACAGAGUUGAGUGAAAAGCCACUAAGUACCCACAUCACUCUUUUCGCUUCAUGUUCAACCUUCCUCCUCGUCCCAAGGACGUGGCCAGGCUCCAGCAGCUGCUCCCUAUCGUGGUGCUAAGUCAUCGCGUGGACUUCAGAGACUUUAAUCACGCUGACUCCGUAUGGUAAGUGUGUGUGUGUGUGUGGUGUGUAUGUGUGUGUGUGCAUGAUUUCUAGAGGUUAAGUACGCAAUCAACAGUUUAGGUCAGUAUGAUGAUGAUGAUGAU